AUGGCUUCAGGCGGUUCUUUGCCACCCAACUUCCUCCUAACCCCGCAUCAACAGAGCCUGCUUUUCGCUGCGCUCAACGCCAACAAACCGCAGGCUUCCGCCUCGCCGACAGCCAAAGGCUUAUCUGUGUCCCCGAGCUCAUUCCAGGGCUCUCCGAUGCAGAAUGUGGACAAUUCUGCCUUCCAAGAGAGCCCGUACCUAGACAACAUCGACUACGACUUUGGCGACUCUAGCUUCGACUUUUCGUUUGCCAGUAACGGCGGUGAACAUGCCAAGAUGGUUGCGGAUGCCCCCGGAACUGUCUCAUCCGAGUCGACGGAGAAUGAUGGCCAUGAGAAGAGAAGUCAUCCUGAUGACGAGGAAGAUGACAGCAGUCCCGGCAAUGACUCCAAGAGACGGGAAGGCACAGAGAAGAUUGCCAAGAAGCCUGGCCGCAAGCCCCUCACCUCUGAGCCAACUUCGAAGCGCAAGGCACAGAAUAGAGCCGCUCAGCGAGCUUUCAGGGAGCGUAAGGAAAAGCAUCUAAAGGACCUGGAGACCAAGGUUGAUGAGCUAGAAAAGGCUUCCGAGGCUGCCAACCAUGAGAAUGGCAAGCUACGAGCCGAAGUGGAUCGCAUCACUACCGAGUUGAACCAGUAUAAGCAGCGUGUCGCUGUCAUGUCACAGCACAAGCCCACACCCCGAGACAAGGUGUCAUUUGGCAGUGCUGCUCUGAAUAAUUUGAGCGAUGUCAGCUUUCAAUUCGAGUUCCCCAAGUUCGGCGCCCUUCCCGGCCCGCCAAUCAAGCAGCCUUCAUCACAGCCUCUCAGUCCCCAACAGAACGGCCAGAAGAACAGCCCAGCCCGCAGCAUUGCCAGCGAAGGCAAAUCGCCUCAGUCUAGCGUGCAGCGGCCAACCCAGGACGACUUUGCUAAAUUUGCCGGCGUCUUUGCGCCUUCCAUGUCCAACUCGACUCGCACUGGCUCCCGUGCCAGCGUCGAUUCCGUCCCCUUCAGUGUUGCUGCCGCUACUAGCUCACCUUCCGCAUCAUCCAACUCCAACGCCGGCCCCAGCUCGUCCUGUGGGACUUCUCCCGAACCUUUUACACAGUCUCCCAUGAGCUUCAAGCCUCUCGAGACACUGACAACCAUUGGCGAGGAGCAGCCCGCGACGACGACAGCGGAUCAACCAUUCGCUCAGUUUGCCCAUGUUGACAUUGCUAGUCCUAGCUUUGACUGGCUUGUCCAGCAGAACGGCGGCGGCCACUUUGAUCCCCAAUUGUUUGGUGAUUACCGAGAGUCACAGGAGAACGUCUUGUCCAACCCAACUUUUGAUGACUUCUUCUUCAAUGACGGAGUAGACACCGACUUUUUCACGCCUUAUAAUGCUGCUCCCAACGAGCAUGCUCCAAAGAAGAACCUCAUUGCCGAGAUUGACGCCCAGCAGAAUUCCAUUGACGAUGAUAUGGGUAACAAGCCGAAUAUGAGUUGCAAUCAACUCUGGGAGAAGCUGCAAGAGUGUCCCAAGGCCCAGAACGGUGAAUUCGACCUGGAUGGGCUAUGCUCUGAACUUACCAAGAAGGCCAAGUGUUCUGGCAGUGGUCCUGUGGUGGCUGAAAGGGAUUUCGACACGAUUCUCAAGAAGUACAUGGGCAAGGAUGUAUCCGCGGAUUGCAUGGCCACUAAGCUAGGCAUCUCUGUUGACCCGGAGAAGCCGAAUGGAGUGACAACACCCUGA